AUGUUCGCUCCUAAAUGGGGUGGGUUGUUGAAGGAUGCGGAUUACGGCGCGUUUGGGUCCUACUACUUUGACCCGUCUGCGGCGGGUGAUGCUUUGCGCUUUAUAGCUGAGGAUACUAUGCGGAUGGGAGUUCGGUACUGCCUUGGUGAAGUGCGUCGCAUUUUGCUGCGGGAUGAAGGGGUCGCAGGGGUCAAAACCCCUGUUCUUGCCCGGAUGGAGGACGAGCUGGGCAUUUUUGAGGGUGAGAGGAUUCAGAGUCAGGUCACUGCUGCCGGUGUGUCUGUUGCACACUUGCAGUCAUCUUGCUGA